AUGCGAUGUCGCUUCAGCGCAGCCUCCAUCAUUCGCCUCGGUAGUGCAAGACUUGUAGAGAUUCAAGUUCGACAUGAUCGAGAUUCAAGUCCGUCGUGCAAUUCCAACCCUCAAAGAUUCAAGUCGUCAUACCAUUACGCUUUAGAGAAUGGAAGUUCUACACCGCCGGUUGAUGUGAAACUCGAAGCCAAAGUGGAAGCGUCAUCAACGGGAUGCGCAUGUUGUCUUCUGAAGUCUGCAAUCGGAAGUUUGGAGACGGUGGGCGCAGAGGUGGGUGGUUCCUCCAUAGCGAGAGCUGGGGCUUCGGAGGCCUCUAGGGUUUGUAGAGUCAAGAAGAAGAAGGAAAAAAGAGAUGCAGUCGCAGCAUCUGGGUUUUGA